AUGUGUACCUUAAAAAAACUUGGCAAUGUUUACCUUCUAACACUCACAGGAAACGAUGAUCACCGUCUAAACCCAUCUCUGGUGGACUCUAUCUCAACCGCUCUCCAUCACAUAAGAACUGAAGCCACUGCUACACCAUCCACUGCUGCUGCCCUUGUUACAACUGGAGAAGGCAAGUUUUUCUCCAAUGGCGACGACAUGGCCUGGGUUCAGUACAACAAAGAUAGACUCCUGCUCUUGAUGUCCAAAGUAAGAUCCCUUCUUACUGACCUCAUGUCCCUCCCUGUGCCAACCAUCGCCGCCCUCAAUGGCCAUGCCUCGGGCCUAGGUUACAUUAUUGCCCUCUGCCAUGACUACGUCUUCAUGAGAAAGGACCGUGGGUUCUUAUACCUCGGUGGCCUAGAUAUUGGGCAAGUACUUCCGACACCUUUUUUUAAGGCCACACUUAAGGCCAAAAUUUCUAGUCCAGCUGUUGUCCGUGACAUUGUUCUGAAGGCCGAGAAAAUGACAGCAGAGAUGGCAUUGCAGAAGGGGAUUAUUGACGCUGCUUAUGAUACUGUGGAGAAGACAGUGGCAGCAGCAGUGGAGCUGGGGGAGCAGUUGGCAAGGAGAAACUGGAAUGGGCAAGUUUACGCAGAAAAUAGGAAAUUUCUUUUUGAUGAUGUGUUGCAGGCGCUAACUAUUGCUGAAACUGAUGAAAUGAUAAAGAAUUCCCGGGUGUUGGAACCCAAGUCCCGGCUUUGA